AUGGAUAAAUACCAUCCUGGUUACUUCGGUAAGGUCGGUAUGAGACACUUCCACCUGCUCAGAAACCACUACUGGAAACCCUCCAUCAACCUCGACAAGCUCUGGUCAUUGGUCCCUGAGAAGACCCGCGAAGCCUAUGUCUCUGGCGAGAAGACCGAUACCGCUCCUGUCCUUGACCUCCUCCCCCUCGGAUACUCCAAAGUCCUCGGAAAGGGCCGCAUUCCCAAGAUUCCCAUUGUUGUAAGAGCAAGGUGGUUCAGCAAGGAGGCCGAACGAAAGAUCAAGGAGGCCGGUGGUGUUGUCGAGUUGGUAGCAUGA